GCCUGGGCAAGGUGCUUGCACUGCCAUUUUGUUCCUAUCGAGGAAUAAGGAAGAUAGAAGGUGUUUUUCACACGAGAGUUAGGGGUAAACUAUAAGGUGGAACCCAACAAAAUGUUUCAUCAGGAUCAUGCAAGAGAUCUCCCUGUUCUUGCUGAAGCAGAUAGCCAGAGCCAGCAGCAUGAUAGAUCCCAGCCAGAUAGAUCCCAAAGAGGAUGCAGGCAGCUGACUUCAGCAUGGAAAGAAAUAGCUGAAGCCAGGGCCACGGAAGCUUACAGAUUUACAAGCCGUGCCCCACCUACCAGCACGCACUCCGCUGGUGAACGUCCCUUGGGGCUGUUUCUAAUUCAUGCAGUGACAGAGAGUGGGAAGGCUGUGCAGCUGCUGGCUGGGCUCGACAACUAUCGGGUGCAGCGUGAAUCCCCUCAAUGUUGGGUCAGAGACUGUACCGAGCAGGCCUGCUCAACAAACCAUGCUUCUGGAAGGCAUCUGUCACAACAGAAUUUCCCAGAUGAGGAAGAUGGCGUAAGCUCCUCGAUAAGCGAAGAAUUUUUCUCAAUGGAUGAAGGCUGUGAUGACUCUGGGACAGCCAGCUCCCAGGCAGAUGUUACCAGUGAUGAUGCUAUCACAAGUUUUGCAAAGGAGUAUUCACUAGUUCCCUUAAAUAGGCAAAAGGAAUUUUCUGCUCAGAUUUUUGACCAGCAAGUAGAAAGCUAUUUUGAAGGGCUCUGAGCUUCAGCACAUCUGUUUGUAAUUUGGGAUCCAGAUCUGUUGGAGAUGCAAAUGCUAGUCUUCAUGUACACAGUUUAUAGCAAUACAGGCUAAAACCUGCAUUAAAACCAUGAAGGUUCAGGUAGGGUAAAGCCCAGUAUAUUUCUCUUAGAUUGGCAGACAGCUAAAAAGACCAAAACUGGAAUGAAAAUAGAUCCUUCAUAUGAGUUGCUGCCUUCUUGGGGAGUUUAGAAACAUGUAAUAAUCAUAAGGCAUUAAAAAUGGGAAAAUGACUUUGAGUCUAAGCUAAUGUAAUGACUAUUUCUUUUGCAAUUGUAAGGGAUAUACUAAGAAAUAUGGUUGUAUUUUGUCUCUUUCCCAGCAGUAGAGUCUCAUUUUAAUAACUUCUUGAAGAAUAUUUGAAAUUCAAAGCCCUUGUAUAUGCCAGUAUUUCCUUUCACUAAGUGCUUUAAUUUACUCUAUAGAGGCCUAGAGGGUUUAGUGUUUGUUUUUUUGUUUUUUAUUUUUAUUCAUCUACAUCUUAAAAAUUCUAAUCCAGUGCAUAUAUUUUGUUAUCGUACAUAGCUGUUUAUAUGUGAAUAAUGUGAAACAACUAGGGCACAUCCUACUUAAAAAGCGGGGGGGGCGAGUAACAAAAACCAGACCUACUAGCUGGGGGUUAAUUGUUCAUGUGAAAUGAAUAAUAUCCUUGUAAUAAACAUCCGUUUUUUUUGUUGUGUUUGUGAGAUAGCAUGUAGCUGAACACAAAUGAAGAUCUAGGGGCCUAGGUUUCUCAGUUUAGAACUCUUAUCUUUGUUUAGUCAGUGGGUGGACUUUAGAAAUGCAGCCUAGCCUAACAGUAAAGCUACAAUGUGUGGUUACUGAAAGGUGGGAACCUGACUGGUGAUUUGUCAUGUUAGUUGGGAAUCUAUCCUGUUGGUAGAGCUUGGUUAUGUCUCAGAGCUGGUGCUCUUUAUAAGGAACAGAUGUGAUAUAGUGGAGAUAAUUGAAAACUAGAUCUUGGAAGCAAGACUUUUUUUGGUACUGCUUUUCUUCCUCUACCUUGCUAGGUGGAGGAUUAUGUAGCUUUUUUAUUACUGCUUACUGGAUUUGGAUAGCUUCUGCUACAAUCAUCUCUUUAAUGAUGUUAUAUAGUUAAACUGUAUUGGUUCUUCUGUGGUUAAACUUCUGCAAGUUAAGUGUACUUCUUCUGCUUUGGAUAAUAGGAGCAGCAAUAAAGUGGUGGCUGUCCACUUGAUGCUACUUAGAUCCUAAUCCAACAUACCGAACAACCCAAUAUGCCUGACCUGUAGGGAAGGCUUGUUGAUUUCAUUUAACCUGCCCUGAGCUUAAAAUUAAACGUGUUUAAAAUUA